GCUGACUUCCUCCAGUCGACUCAGCUGUCGGGAAUGGGUACCCGACUACAGGAUCGAGCAGCAAUUAAAGGAUAUAUAUAGCUGCAGGCGUAUACAGUUUGAUAUAUUUCAUCUAUAAGUUCGAAGUCAAAAAAAAACAAAAAACAAAAAAAAAACAAGUGAAAAAGGAAUUACUGCAGAUCGAUGCUGGGCUUCCUCAACCUCACCAUAUGUUGAUCGAAAUUAUGCGAGAGAGCAGAUCGAGCACGUACACCACGAACCUGUACACAUCGUGAGUACACGAUCCCCGCCUGUAACACGUACGUCGAUCGGGAGUUGUCUUUGAUGUGGAAUUCCGGGUUGCACAACUACACUAUAUGACGUACAAAGCUUAUCGUGAUAUAGGUUCAGCAACAGAUACCAAUACCAAUUUAGUAGAACGGAAAUUUGUGUGUGCUGUGGACCGAAACCCUUAACCACGGAAAGACUGUGAUCUAAAAUUAGUACCAGGCCUGCCAGGAAAUUCCCGUUACUAUUUCUGUCGCCAUAUCAUCGUCAGCCAUCUUGUGGAAUGAGCUGCUGCCAAGUGAUGUGACUUACUGAACUUUAUUUUAGAUCGUCUUGUACCACACACUACAGAUAUUUUGCUCAGAAAGCAUGGCUGAAGCAAACUGUAGUGAUAACAUGAGGAACGAGUUUUUGAGGUACGCAUCUUUUAGUUGUAACUCCAGUUUCCACCUGCCUAGUGGCGUGUGGGCAUUACAGUUAGCUGGGGCAGGAUUCUGUCGGACCGCGGCUUGUUCGCAGUGGGAAGUGAUUUGCUUUUCGUGCGGACUUAAACUGGACGUGAGGACAUUGUCCAGACGGCCUGUGCUAGAAGUUCAUAGACUGUUGGCACCAACGUGUAGAUUUGUGACUGGAACUUCCGAUAAUCAGCCUAUUCCGACAUAUCCUGCCGUCUCCAGCUGGCUAACUCAAACCUUCCUUUUCCCUAUACCACAAGUUUUCACUAUUACGCAGUCGGACAACACUCAGAGAAAUGGAGCUCGCAGUGUUCAGGAGCAAGAUCAACCAGAUCGUCGUCCUGACCACCAGCAGCAAGGACCUCUUAUUACAAGUGGACCAUUGCCGCAGGAUCUUGUUCAAGGACUUGCAAAUCCUGUGUUAGAUGAUUUUACAUUAGCUGGCACCGUCGCAGAACUAGGGAGUGAUUCCAGUUUUCUUUUGAGCACAACGACGUUUGACUUCGCAUCAGCACCAAGUCUGCCUUCAGACUUUUUCACAAAUUUUCAGAAUAUGACGCAGGAUGACGCACAAUCAUUCACAGUUUUACCUUUGGAGAAUCAAGUUCAGUUUCCAGAAGAAGUCCUUGUCACUGAUGGGAAGGCAAUGGAACCAAUAGGUAAUUAUCCAGACCCUGAUAUAUCAAACACAGAAGUACAUCAAUACAAAUCAGCAGUUACACCAGGGGAAGAGAAGAAGACAAUAACAUUUGAAGAUUUAGGCAUAAUAGUACAGCGACCAAAGCGUCAAGAUCUUGCAAGUCUUCCAGCACGAUUGCAAACUUUCCACAUGGGAUGGUCAAGCCCCAGUGCCUUGAGUACCAAGGAGCAGCUGGCAGAAGCAGGAUUUUAUUAUGCAGGUUAUGCAGACUGCUGUCGGUGUUUUUACUGCGGUGGUGGACUUAAGAAUUGGGAGGCAGAAGACCAUCCAUGGAUUGAACAUGCGCGUUGGUUUAAGACGUGUCCAUAUGUCCGCAGCUCAAAAGGACUGGAGUUUAUAGAUGCUGUGCAGUCCCUAGCUCAGACUAAUGCUGCUAUCCAUAUGAAAGAUGUUGUAAAGGAAAUUGACAGAAUGUUAACAAAGAUGCUAGGAUCAAAAGGUGAAAACACAAAUCAUUGUGAAACCAGCGAGUCAGAUCCUUUACUGGACAACCUGGAUGAUACAGAUGAUUACCAAACCAUAUUAAGAAAUGCCGAAGAAUUGGAAACAGAAAAUGAAGAACUGGUUCAUCAGAAGAUAUGCAAAAUUUGCCUGGAUAAGGAGGCUUGCAUCUUAUAUGUUCCAUGUGGACAUCUAGUUACCUGCUCACUCUGUGCACCUUCAGUGAGGGAGUGUCCUGUUUGCCGGCAAAAGGUCCAAGGGCAGAUCAGAACAACCUCAGUGAUAUGAAAAUGAAGAUGAUGCUGUUAGUGAAAAAGAAUAAAAUACUUGCAGUGUGUCACAUGGGAUUAUGUGUAUUUGAGCUGCUUACAAGUGCCAAAGGUGGAGACAAUGUGUCUGUUUGGAAAAGCACUCUUGUCUUAUUGAAAUACAUGUCCACGAGUGAAGAGUGCUUCCAACAUUUCUACUAACCAUAGCCAUCCAUGAAACAUCACAGACGUAAAGCUUACUCUGUCAUAACGGCUUUAUGCAGUUAAAAUUUCCUAGUAUUUUAUUCUGCUAUUGAAAACUGUUUUUUACAGCGUUCAAUAUCCACCACAUCACUGUGAUACUAUGAGUAUGAUACAUUGAUGUUUAUGAUCUCUAAUGUUUUGGUGUUUAUGAUUUUGAAUUGGUUGAAAGUGACAUACUGUACAACAAUAGAAUGAAAAGCGUAUUGAAAUGCUGACUUUUUUCCCCCCAUCUUUCUCUCUCUCUCUCUCUUUUUAUUUUUUUAUGAAUGAAGCAUGGCUUUCUGUGAUUGAAUCUUAAGUACAUUGCUAGUAUUUAGUGAAGAUUGGAUCUUUCUUAAUUGCCACAUUCAUUUCUAAGGACUGCUUAGAUAUGAUAAUUUAUUAUGUUUGGUAGAAUUUAGCCCUUCAAUUUCAUAGUUUUGAUAAUGCUAUGCAGUGAUGCAUCCAAGCUUAGGGGAAAAUGUGGAUCUUUGGGUCACUGAUUUUAAUUGUGACCAAGCUUUUAAGGGGUGGCAUAUGUGUUUACAGUACAAUACUUGCACUUAAUCUUAUCAGAACAGAUUCACCAUAAAACAUGCAGUUCAUUUAAUGAGAAUAGAUCACUGGCUCACCGAGCCACUUUGUUCUCUCUCCUUUGUGUUUGUGAGAGACAGGGUGAAGGAAUUACUGGUUUGUAAUAGUUGCUUUUUUUGCAGCUGUGCAUGAAGUGCUAAGAACUUUAACAGAAGAAUCAGUAUAAUUUAUUGUUUGAAAUAACAUGAUAUAGUUCUUUGUUAAUUUAUGAUAUUCUACAACCUCUCUGUGACAGCAUUAAAAAGAAUUUGUAUUAAUCUGAAUGUAAAUUAAUAAUGGUCAUGGAAGUUGUACUCAGUGAUUUCUUUUUAAUCUUUAAGAGCAUUAUAGAAGUUUGAAUGAGCUAAAGGACUUGAAAAAGUAGGGCUGCUAUUGAAUUAUAGAGAAGUAGUUUGUGACAAAGGCCCUAUGACUAGGUCUACAAGACUUAUUCUUCCUAUCAUAAAACAUUAAAAGUCCCUGGAAGAGCUAUGGUGUGGCUUUGUAGACAGGUGUUGAAUGUGCUAGAAUUUGUGCCAACAGCAGAAACACUCUGUCCACCUGGCUGGAUACAAGUAUCCAGUGCACUAGGGGAGAUGGAAAGCUGCUGAAGAAAAGGGUCAGCUUCUGCUCAUCACAUACCAGAGCCAAGAGAUGGGGAAUUAUACUUUUCUUGCAGGUCACUGCCCUACUAGAUGGUGAACUAUAUUUUUCUGAUAGGUGACUGCUCUACUGGAUGGUGAAUUAUAGUUUUCUUACAUGUCAUUGUCCUGCUAGAUGGUGGGAGCUUUUUACCUUUACAUUCUCCAUGGGUAAGCAGGAUUUGGGAUUUUGUCGGUGAUUUUGACAUAAACAAUGGUGUGACCUAUUGGCAUAAGUUUAGCAUAAAUGCAUUGUCAGUUUGCAUAAUUUUUUAGGGUGGUGGGGGGAGCCUACAAGUAUAGAUUGGAAAGCAAGUAUUUUAUCAGGGUAUAAGAUACAGUCUGGUGGCUGUCUACCUUGAGAGAGCUGUUCAGCUACCAACAGACUGUGUAACACUUGUAGACACUGGUAAUAGCACAAACAUUGAAGCUACACUUCUACAGACUCAAACAUUAAAAAGUUGAGGACAAAAGUAAUUAGGGAAUUGAGAAAGUAUUAUAUAUGUUUGUUAAUUUUGAAUACUUGACAGCUUAUACAAAUUUAGGCAUACUUUGUUAGGUAUUUCUAGAGAAUCUGUAGUCUUGUCAGUUUAUGAAUUUUGCUAUGGCUAUAGGUGAUUUGGAGUCUCAGCUAAACAACUGGCUUAAAUGGUGUGCUGUACACUUAUGCAAACUUAUUGCUGUAUAGAUAACUGCAUUGUACAGGGCUGUACUGUGAUUGAUUUUAUGGAAUACUAUAGCAGUAUGAAUGUGGCUAUGAGUUUAUAAGGCUGUCUUAAAUAAAUAUCUCCUGAACUGCAAAA